AUGCCGGGCGCCGGUACUUUCAAAAUCUUCGUCGGGAAUCUUUCCGAUAAAACAACAGACGCCGAUCUCAGACCGCUAUUCGAAAAAUACGGUACGGUCGUAGAAUGCGAUAUCGUCCGAAAUUACGGUUUCGUACACAUGGAAAACGAGCAAGUCGGCCGCGAAGCCAUUCAAAACCUUAACGGAGAACUAGUUCACGGGCAAGCGAUAAAAAUAGAAGCGGCCAAGAGCCGAAAGGCGCCGUCGACGCCGACGACUAAAAUAUUCGUGGGUAACCUUACGGACAAGACGCGCGCGCCGGAGGUCCGCGAGCUGUUUCAGAAGUUCGGCACGGUCGUGGAGUGCGAUAUCGUUCGUAAUUAUGGCUUCGUGCACUUGGACGCGUCGGGCGACGUGAACGAGGCUAUUAAAGAGUUGAACGGCAUGAUGGUAGACGGGCAGCCUAUGAAGGUGCAACUGUCGACGAGUCGCGUGCGGCAGCGGCCGGGCAUGGGCGACCCCGAGCAGUGUUAUCGCUGCGGCCGCGGGGGCCACUGGUCCAAGGAGUGCCCCAAGGCACUAGGCCCCGACCGCAACGGUUUCCGCGAUCGAGCAUUCGGCCGCGACCCUUACCCUCCGCCGCCGCCGCCGCCCUUCCUUCGCGAUCGCAUGAUGGGAGGAUUUGGGGAUCCUUAUGAUAGUUACUAUGACCGAGCAAGAUUUGAUUCACCGAGGGAUCUUUUUGAGAGAAGAUAUCCAGUUGGAAAUUCCAGGGGACUAGACAUGGGAGCAUCACGAGCGAGAGGAGAUUUUGUUUCCCCUCCAUUGCGACGAGAGCCCAUGCCGCCAAUGCCCAGCUUGCCACCCAUGAGCCGAACACUGGGAUCAAUGAGGUCAUCUUAUGACUCUAUGUAUAGUCGAAGAAGUCCUCCUAGAGGACCCCAAAUGACCAGAGGAUUGUAUGAAGAUUUUAGCAGAGACACUUUUGAUGAUAGGAGGCCUGGACUGCGAGGACCAUCGCCCUCCAGGAGAUACGCGCCAUACUGA